UUCUCCUCACUCCUGACAUUCGCUCAUGUUGUUGAGCUGCACUCACGACUGUGGAGGUGGGACCGAUGCUCCCUCCAAUCAGUGCUCGCCGCCGCCUAUAUAUUAGUGACCAGCGCUCCGACCCCUCCACCGCGCGAUUUCGCCGACUUCAUAGAACAAGUACCAUGCCGUCAGCAAUUGCAAGUCCUCCUUUAUCGUGUUCUCAUUACUGAUGGAAAAAAGCACUCUAGUCCAUUUGUCUCGUGCGUACUGAUACGGGAAAAGCGACGUCAACAAAUAGAACAGACCGACUAUACAAUAAGGGUGUCUUAUAGGGAGCGCGAAAAGUGUGACACCGUAAGGGCAACGUUUGUGGUCAAAAUGCCCGACUUCCUCAAUCCUAACGCUGAAUUCUGGGUGCUUACGUUUUGUUGCGAUCUCCAUCGUUUUGAGGAUGAUAUGGAAUCGAUCACAAGCUGUUGCUUCCCUGAGAUGUGCGAUGCGGCAUCAGCUUCGAUCAGGGCAGUCGUUCGGGGUCUACUGGAGGCGAUGGAAAAGGAUCUGAGUUCAGUGCCUGUGGAAAAGGACUUUUGCUUCUAUCCAAAGUGCUCGGCCGAUUUGAUCGACAUUAUCGGUAAAGAUACAGUCCCGAAUGUCCCAAAGGUAGAAGACUGCUCUCCAAGUGAUAGUGAGGAUGAGAGUGACGAGGAGGGCGAAGAGCUAAUAACUGUGCGAGUACCUGUUCAUGCGCUGCCUGUAUUCCAUCGGCUUGCAAAGUAUUUAGAGGAAAAAAAUAACACUGAUCCUGUUAUCAUCAUACCCAGCAGCACGAAAAAUAGCGGCCACCUCUUAUUCUUGCCAAAUCAUCCAUCCUUUUUGUGCUCGUGGGAUUCAUUUGAAUGCGGAUUCGGUCUUUACUUUUUGCCCAAUUACAAUAAUUUUAUUAUUGUUCAGGGCAGAAAUUCUUUAGGUCCGCAAACGACAAUAUAUUAUCCACCAAAAAGUGGUUUGCUUGCCAUCACACCCACUACAGAGGUAGCGCAUAUUGAGAAGCUUGCCAUUGUGCAUCCUAAAAACUUGUCCAUGCCUCUACUGGAACUCCCUUUAUCAGAAUUUCCAUCAACCCCCGUGAAUUGUGAUGAUUUGAUAUCGCUUGUGAUGACCCUUCGUGAAAGUUUGGCGGACCCGAAGACUGCGUUACCAGACGAAAAUUCUUGGAAGAUGUCUGAGUCAGCUAAUGAUUGCCCAAUCAAAUGUGAAGUAUCAAGCGGUGCUGCACCCUUUUGGAACCAGAUAGAUGCCACCGCACGACAAAUAGCUUGGUCAAUCAGGAGUGUGGGAGCCAAACAUCUUAGCUCAAUCAGAGGCUUCGUUUCUGCGCCUCUCAUUUCAAGUGAUCAAGACGUACCGACUAAGGGGCGACAAGCUCAGGCACAAUUUCCGGUAAUCAGACUGCCAGAAAAUGAGGAGAACAAUAAUUUGGGCUUGCAUCCCGAUUUGGCAGAAGAAGCCAAGGAUUCGGAACCUUCUAUAAUAGCUACACCGACCGAAACUGCUGCACGAACAGAUAUUGCGACUCCGGUGCAGUCGUUGACGUCAGGAUCGGGGCAGACACCACGUCUUCAAACCCAGUCGAAAUCUGUAAGUUCCCGCUCAAGCAACGCCUGUCUCUCAUUGCUACCAUUCCCAUUAUCGUAG